CAACUACUACUACUACUACUACUACUACUACUACUACUACUACUACUACUACUACUACUACUACUACUACUACUACUACUACUACAUAAUUACACACUGCAAUCAAUCCACUUGUUACAUUUUCACACUUUAUUAUUAUUUGUCUCUCAUAAAACAAGUAAUAUACAAUUUCAGUAACAAAAUAUUUUCCUUUUUUUUUUUUUUUUUUUUUUUAUUCCCUACGUUUAUAUCACCUUAUCUCAAUUCCACCCACGUCUAUAACAUUAACAUCUAUGAAUACCCUUGAUUAUUCCUUCACAUACGAGUAAUCAUUCCUCAUUUUCAUUUAAUUCGUUUCAUGUAACUCAUCUAAUUCUUUUUUUUUCGUACAGUUUACAAAGAUGGCUCCCGUUCUUUUUUAUUUUUUAUUUUUACCUACAUGUGUCGUUCAUUUUAGGAGAUGACGUUUGCCUUAAUGGAUGUGCAUAUGUUACGUGUCAUUUUUAGUCCCACAAGGCUGCGUUGGCUGUAGAGGUGCUUGGGUGUGUUACUGAGGGAAACUGGUUCUUGGUCCUGUAUUUAGAAGGACUUUGCUCUCUCACUAUAACAUAUUUCGAAUGGCCACAGAGACGAUUAACUGGAUCUCCAAUACUCUUCCUUUAAAUACUGAAAUCAUACUUUGUCACUAGAACUAAGAAAAAAAAAAAAAAAACUUUUAAAACGCGUGUAGCUUCAACGAGAGUCUUUUGAAAGAAGUGCAUGGCCAAGAGAAGAGAAAGCACCACCAAUCUUUCCAAGCACGCCGCGGGUAAAGAACGAACUCGCGCCAUCACAGACACAAGCCGACCCCUUUACCACGGAGCUACUCAACCGCCAUGUGUUUCAAAAUGUGAAUGUUAGCGGUGCGUGUGAUUGCAUCAGGACAUCUUACUGACAAACACUGCCUCUUGUGCAACCUAAAGACUUGGUGAAGUGUGGGAACUGUGUGAUUAGGUGGAUGGCUUCGUGGCUUCGUGGGUUGGUGGAUGCAGUUUCUAUCUAUGAGGAUUGAGUGGCUGACUGAGUGGCUGACUGACUGACUGACUGACUGGCUGGCUGAGUGAGUGAGUGAGUGUGAUUGAGUGAGUGAGUGAGUGAGUGAGUGAGUGAGUGACUGAUUAGCUGACUAGUUAACUAAAAACAAUCUUACGCUGCAGGGAGAAAGAAAGUAAAUGCUUGUACCAGCCAGAGAGAGAGAGAGAGAGAGAGAGAGAGAGAGAGAGAGAGAGAGAGACACACAUACCCACACCUGUCAUCCCUACACCUGCCAAAAUAACUCACUUCGAAUCUCAUUAAGCUCACGUCACGGGUUCAGCUUUUCUUGCUUAUAUUACUGAAGAGGCGCUGGUGGGAGACACAAGCGAGACGAGAGCUCCUGAAGGCAAGAUGUGGCCGUGUCGUGUCCUGCUGGUGGUGGCGAUGCUGUUGGUGCAGGGGCGUCUUCCUCCUGCUGCUCUUGGAUUCCCACAAGGACGUGACGACGAUGCUGGGACGAUGGUGAACGUUGCCCUGCGGAAUGGUGACAAUGGUGAUGAUGGUGAUUAUGAUGGUGAUGAUGACCCCAGCGACUCUUCCGAUGAAGAUAACAGUAGUGGUGACAGUGAUGAGUCCAGUGGUAGCAAUUCUAGUGGAUGCUGUGGUGAUAGUGAUGAUGGUGAUGAUAAUGGUGAUGAGUCCAGUGGUAGUAACUCUGGUGGUUGCUGCGGUGGUUCUUCCUCUGAUGAAGAUGAUGAUGGUGAUGGUGAUGGUGAUUUGAUGCUGGAUGGUGAUGAUGGUGACGAGUCCAGUGGUAGUGAUUCUGGAAGCUGUGACAGUUCCUCCUCUGAAGAAUAUGAUGAUGAUGAUGAUGAUGAUGAUGAUGAUGAUGAUGAUGAUGAUGAUGAUGACAAUUCCUCCUCUGAAGAAUCAAAUAGUAGUGGUGAUAGUGAAAGCUCCUCCUCUGAAGAGCUUAAUGAUGGUGGUGAUGAUGGUGAUGAUGAUGAAAGCAAUAGUAGUAAUAGUUCUGGUGACACUUGUGAAUAUACGUGUGAUGAUGAUAGUGAUGAUGAAUCCUGCUCAUAUUCCUGCCCUGACUCCUCCUAUGAUGGUGAUGAUGGUGAUGUGAUGAAUAGGAUUGAUGCUGGUGUUGUUGAUGAUGAUGGUGAUGGUAGUGGUGACAAUUCAACAAGUAGUGGUGAUUCCUUGUGUAGUGGUGAGUCAUGUGAUGAAUCUGAUAGUGACUCCUGCAGUGGUGACUCGUGUGAUGAUGACUUGGGUGGUGAUUUGGGUGGUGACGAUGCUGAUCAUUCAUGCAGCAAAGGAUCCUGUCAUGGUUCCUGCAGUGAUGAAUCUUGUGAUGUGAUGAAUGAUAAUGAUGAUGAUGAUGACGAUGAAGGCUACAACACAGUCAACGAUUCCUGCUUUGGUAAUUCAUGUGACGACGAUAAUGAUGACGUGAAUGAUGACCCCUGCGAUGACGGGUCCUGUGACGAUGAUGCCUUGGGGGACGAGGACACGCGUCGCCAUCUGGAGGCCAAGAAAUUAGCGGCAGGAGUUCGAGGAGGCGAGUACCCAGUGUUUAAAAAGGACACGGAUUUUGUCGUUUGGCUCGUGACCACAACUGACGAAGAGGAAGGGAAGGAUAGGACUGGUGUUGAGAAAUCUCAUAGAAAUAUUGACCUGAGGGAUUGUGACGCUGAGUAGAAAUUCCAGUCACUCUCUUUCAUUUGCUACCUAACUAACAAAACCAACACCAAGAAACUUCUGAUUUUUGGACUUGUGUUUAAACUCUCUUCGAUCUGUUAUCUUUAUUUUUUUUAUAUAAAAGGAAAAAAUAAAAAGUCCCCACUUAAUUACCAGUCCCCUUUCAGGUCCGAGAGAGUUAGCCAAAAAAGAGGGAUAAAUCUCUUGAAACCUCCCUUUUAAAUGAAGUCAAGUCAUAGGAAGUUGGAAAUACAGAAGCAGGUAGGGAGUUCCAGAGCUGAUGAGUGACUGUCCUUUAUUUAUGAUCUAACGGUCUAAAACUCCAAUCUCUCACCAACAUUGUAAUCAAAGCACCAAGACACGUUUUUUAGACUUAAUUCAAAACUCUUUCCUUUUGAGCUGUAGGACAUGGUAUAUUUAAUCCUUUGAGUACCAUGACGCGUUUUCAUAUUCAUUCUGGUUACUAUUUGGUGAUUUUAUACAGCUUCAAAUACUCGUGUGGGGGGAUUAAAACAGCGAAGACUGUGUCCAUUAAUCUUCUGACCUCCAUAAACCCUUCCUAAUGUCAAUAUAAACGUCUAAUCGUAAACAGAUCUAGGUAAAAAUGUGUCCUAGUAUUGAAAGGAUUAAACUACUAAGUAAGUGUUCCUUGGUUCAAUGGCCUAUUAAAAGAAUUCGUUCUCUCGUGACUGUAACCAAUACAUUAUUAAUAUGGACUACUGCUGUGUGUAAGAGUGUCCAUCUACACCACACACACUCCUCGUCUCUUGUCUUAACCCUUCCCUUGUAAUAUACAACAAUUCUUUACACUAAAAAACAACGUACGAGAUUUAUAUUAGCGUUAAAAAAAAAAAUCACAAGAAGUUUUGCAUUUAUUUAGCCACUAUUACGAUCGCUUGUCGCUGUAGAAGAAAGGCCUCACAGUGGUUAGUGAAUAUGGAAAAACUGUGUCAAAUGGCAGUGAAGUGGUUAACGUGCCCAAUAUGCUUCAAUGAAAGAUAAUGACAUGAUAACUCUCAAUGCUAUAGUGACGUUACCUUCAAGUCAAUCUCGUCAGGCCUUGAAUGACUGCCUUAUUAUACGCUGCAUUGUGGUUGACUGUGAACAUUGUCCCAGGUAUUGCUUUCUUCACGUGUGUUGCUUUGUAUUGUGGUUUUCAACGGUGUCUCGGUGAAGGGCGAUGAAAAUUUACACUGCAUGAAAAAAAUAUAGAAAUAAAUAUGAUGAAGUGA